AUAGGCAUAUAGGGAAGCCGAGCUUUUCCAUUCGCGGGAAAUACAAAUCGGUCGAAUCAACACAGAAAUUUAGUCUGCGUACGCGUUCGUUGACCGUCACCUCGCGUUCUAUGAUUCUGCCAUAGACAAACGUCAACAUUUGGCUUUGGCAGGUAACAAACCCUCGUCGGAGUUGAUACACGUUCAUCGCGUUUGUAUGUACAUUAAAAAGGCCGCAAUAUGGCUAAUGGUCGUAUAAGAGAAAGUGAAGUGCCACUUUGCGCUUUCGUCACGUUAUUAUUAACUCAUUGUUACUCGGUAUUCGCUAUAUUGGAUAGAAGAGUAUACGUAGACGAAGAUCUACGUCGAAACUACAGACUAGAGGAUUUUCUGUGGUCAGGAUCCGGAGAUGGGGAAAAUGAAACCGAACCGUCUCCGGUGGACGAGUCGACACCUUGGGAACGUAUUACAACAGUCUUCCAUACCACCACUGUCGUUUCAACGGCGACCAUAUUUUAUAAAACAGUUUCUGUCAGUACAACGGAAUCGAAUACAACCUCUGAAUGCAUCAAUGAUCCGGACUGCAUAAUUGAGCCAACGCCUACAAUACAGCUAUCACCCGGUACAGCCAUAUCUCCUUGGCCACCGCCAACAGAAUACCCGUAUGGUGAUUUUGUACCCGAUCAAAGAUACUGGCUAAUCACAAUAUUAAAAGUAAACACAUCCAGUAUGAAUUUCGUACCUGAUGAAUUGGAAGACCAUUUGGCCAAAUUAUAUAAAAUCGCAUUUCACAGACACCAAGAACAUCAUCUCGGAUUGAAUGGAAAUUGGAACAAGUCGAGCUUACGAUCGCAACAAAUAUUCCGCCAAAAAAGAGACCAACGCGAUAAAGUUACCGUUCAUAUACAUAACGUAACCAAUGACGAAGCUCUGAAAAUACUUUACUCGGUCAAAGUUUCCGGACAUCCAGUUCUCGCCACUGCCGCAGCUCAUGAUAUGAAAUUAGUUUCCGAUGCGGAAGCUGUAGCGGAAUUAGGAUUUCCUAUACUGACCAAAGCCGAACCUUAUUUGAAACCUUUGCAGACUCCCGAAGGAAAUAAACUUCAAGAAAAGGAAUUCUUAUACGUGUUGGUUUCCAGUAUUUGUGCGGUAAUACUCGUCGUAUUGUUCGUCUUGUUACUUUUGUUGACCGUGAAGAAGCACAAUAAACGGAAACGAAUGGAAGAUCGUAAAACAGAAGGGCAGCAGUUCUUCAAAAAAGAAGAUGAUAGGAAUGGUAUCGAUAACGAAGCGUUUCUGCAAGAAAAUAUCACCAAAUCUGAGAGACAACAUUCAGCUGCGAAGCAACGAAACGCCAAAGGAGAUUUCGCACUUGAUGGCUCUCACGGUGCACAUCAAAGUCAAUGUCAUUUGCGACCUCAUAGCCGCAAACCAGUCAGUCCGAAUUCCUUUUUAUCGAUGCCUUCGGUUAGAGAUUUUCCGACGACUCCGUUACCAGAACCUCUAACGAAUGUUUUGAACAAUAGUCCUUCAACGAGUCAAGAUAAGCCGCCGCAAAUGUUCAGUAGACAUGGUAGUUUGGAAGCCGAGGAUCCUGGAAUUUUAGGGCCGAUGGUUUGGAAUACUCAUUGUCAUCGUUUGAAGAAACAAGGUGGCUUAAACGAAGACGACGACCAAUCAUCAUUCGACAGUGAUAUCGACGUCGGUCGAAUGCGACGCAGAUUCAACGACCUGCUCGACGACGCUUUAAGCUUAUACGAGACUCAUCGUACAUCUCAUCAUCACCACCACGAACCCCCUCCCACCAUCGUACACGAAUCGAAAAACAAAAAUUUCGAUCUCAGAUCGCAAUCGGCGGCUCACUUCAGAGAAGCGGAAAAUGUUACAGUUUCUAGGGUACACUCGCGUCCUAAAACAUCGCUCAACGUCAACGAACAGCGACGAAUUUCCACUCAAAAAUCAUUCCCUCAACCGCGAGACGCUUGGGAUACCAGUAAACCAACCACUCCGGCUAGACUUCAUUCGAGACCUUUGAGCGCCGGUCCUUUUCAUCGACCAACCAUUUAUCCAGAAUUGAUACUUUCCGAUGCUCAACUCUCACCGAAUGAUCCAGCUGUACCGAUUAUUUCAGCCAUUAAAAAAGAACUAGAUAAGAUACCUUCGUACAGACCGACGACGCAGCCGAGGAAAUUCGUCACUCUCAGGGAACCUUACGGCGAUAAUAACGAUCACGAGGUUUGAACUUGAAGGAGAAAAGAGGAGAGAAAAGCUCGAGUCGUACUUCCAAGCGUAAAUUUACACUGCCAUAAAUCUUUCCAGAAAAAAAACCUGUUCAUAUUUUAUAUUUGUAGGUAUUAUUAGCCUGCGAACGAGUAGCACGGAAUAUCAUACGUAGUAGUACCUACCUACAAUAUGCACGCGUGUAUGAAUCGAAUGUGUAUCGUAUAAUUAGAGUAGACCCAUAAAAUGUAAAUUUUUUGUAAAUAAAAAUUAUACCAAAAGUC